CUGCUACCAGCUUCGCAGACGGCAUAACCUGUAUUUUGUUAACGGGCCGGGCCGAAACAUUCACGUUCACGAAUAGCGCGCAGAGUCACUCGAGCCGACGGGAUGGCACAUCGUUCACAGGGGGACGAUACACUCCUUUCUCCAAGCCAGGAGCGUGCCGAGCUCGUAUCCGAUGAAGACUUCGCACCUCCGAUCUCUACUGUCCCGCCUGAGAUCCUGGAGGACAUAUUCCUUCAGCUCGCCCAGGAUACACGCACAGAUUCGACUCCGCCCUAUGCAUGGAUCAAAGUCUCGCACGUCUGUGCCGACUGGCGUGCCAUCGCACUGAACUGCGCCAGCCUCUGGACCGACGUUCAGUUCGUGGUGAGCUCCGAAUGGCUCACCGAGGUCCUGGCACGAUCCAAAGGGCUGCCGUUAACCAUCCGUCUAUCCAUUCGCGGAGAUGAAUAUGCCGAUACGGAGACAGUGCUUGCGGCUAUGAUAUGCCAAGAGCUGCACAGAACGCGUAAAAUUGACGUGACUGCUCCAUCUCGGAGCAUGAGGAAGCUGAUGUGUCUUAUCGACAAACCAGCACCUCUUCUAGAGUCACUUUGUUUGAGAAACAGCAGCUUCAGCGCGCGCGUGUGUGAUUCACUUCCGCCCUUGUUAAGCGACGCCAACGUCAAACUACGGUCCUUGCGUCUCGAGCGACUCUCCCUAAAUUGGCGUAAACUGAACAUCCCCUUCUUGGAUAGACUCGAUAUCAUGAGUUGCGGGAAUGUCAUACAAUCUGCGGCUAGCUUCCGGAACUUCGCGGCGGCACUCAGAAACUCGCCCAUGCUGGAGACUCUAACGAUAUCUGAGGAGAACCUUCUCUCGCCACGUCCCGACCGCUUACCGAUACGCAGCUUAACCAUACCUUUGUCUCGUCUCCGUAGUCUGUCAAUACGCACGCAGAAGAGCGAGGACUGUGCGUACAUCUUACGCCAGCUGUCGAUCCCCAGAGCAUCAUCUAUCUCCCUCGCAUUUUCUCCUCCUAGCGCCGACGACGCGGAAUCGACCGCAUCUCCCCUUGCCCAGUUCCCAUUUGCACACGAGCUACGCACUAUGGACAUACUGUGCAGAACGGACGCUCAAACCCGACGAGAUCAGGAGAGGUUGGCUGCUCGGUCUGGCGACGGUGGCCCGCCAGUCUCGCUGAUCAUCGAACUGCCAUACGAGAAUCGGUCAGAUCAUAAAAUCGGCGAGCUCUGCGGGCACCUUCCGCUGACAAGCAUCGAGAAACUAUCCUUCAGCGGCAUCCGAGUUCCGCAUACACAUCACUGGAUCGAGAGCUAUUGGAAUCUACGGAGCGUGAGGGAGCUGACUGUGGACAGGUACGCGGCGUCUGCUCACCUGCUUUAUGCCCUCACACACUGCGAGCAAUCUCAUUCUUCAUCCCGCGCUCAUCCACCCACGCGAAUGCUGUUCCCGGACCUGCAUGUGCUUCGCUUUCAGGGGGUAGUCUUUGCCCGUGUGCAGAGCGAUUUCAAUCGUUCUAUCUCGAUCGAACAUCUCACGGACUGCCUGCGAAAGCGCGGCGUCCGCGGUGCACCGAUCAAGGAGCUGCGCUUUAGAAACUGCUCGGAGAUUCUCCAAGAAGAUAUUCAGAGAUUCAAAGAAAUCAUGGAACUGGUUGAAAUCGAGAGUCAUCACUCAUCUGAUGUUGUUCCAACAAGUGAUUUGAUUUUAUACUGGCAACCCGAUAUUUACGAGGAUGAAUUGGCGGCGUUUGCGACGUGA